CCGGGCACUUUUUGCUUCCCUUGUGCAUUUUCAUGGACUUCGUUUGUUCCUCAGGAUGCAUUGGGUUGACCUCUUUCCUGUCAGAUUUCUUUGUGUGUAUUCUAUCAUCCUCGUAUUUGGUCCAAUCGUUGAAUAAAGUACUUCUUGCAAAACAAGGCAUAUGUGAGAGGAUUUAAUUCUUUUAAGUAUAAAGCGUUUAUAAAUGAUUGUAUAAAACACGUUAAUAUAACGCUUAUCACUGCUCUUCCGCUGAUUUCCCUUCUUUUUUCGCUGAUGGUUGUUACGGCUUUACUCUAUUUUUUUGUUUUCUCUUUUUUUUCGUUGCUUUUCACUUCUGUUUCUUGCUUUUCACUUUUUGGUGGCUUUUCAUUUUUUAUUGUUUUUGUUGUUUUCUUUUUUUAGUUCUUUGUUUUCUUUAUUUUUUCUUUAACUUGCUUUAAUGUUUCUUUAGGGAAAGUGAAUUUUAUUGAAAGACGUAAACAUUACAAUGCAAAUAGGAAAUAAAAGAAAGUAAGUAAAAACGGUACAAUGAAAGAAAAGCAUGAACCAACUAGACCCAAGGAAAAUCUCUAGACUGAGACUUUGUCGUGAUGCGGUGACGCCUUUUAUUCUUGUGAGAUUUCCUAUAGAUUUUGAGUUGAGUGUUCAAGUUUUUCGUUGGCAGGCAAUUUUCUGAGGUCACAAACUGGGACUUGCUGCAAAUAGCUCUGUUGAAUUUUGAUUUCGUAAUUUCUGUCGGCGUUGAGAUAGGGACACGACGAUCUAUUUCAGUUGCAUGCCCCAGAAAGCCGUCCGUGUAAAAAGAGUCAUCUGAUUGAUAAAAGUUGUCUGAUGCGUCUGAGUAAGCCUGAAUAAGCCUGUGUUGUUCCACUUGAGUUAGAGACCAUUGUUUCUCUGAGUAUGCUUCCCGAAUUUGGGAAUAAAAAAUAAGCUUGGAUAUUGAUCUUGGCUCCUCUGUAACUAAAGUGGUUCCUUGUAGCCGAUGUAUAGGUUCCUCCUGUAUAAAACCAGAAAUUCCCACGAAAUUAGAAAUGAUUGCCAAAAAUUCAAGCAGUCUUGAUUUUUGCGGGCCCGCCAGAAUUAAAAUGAAAUUUCCUUCUUGUUUGGCAAUUUUUAUGUAGCCGCCUGCUUUAUUGAAAUUUGAAGAUACCGAGACAGGCCCAAAUCUCCUUAGUUGCCGGUAGGAGAGGUCGAUUCAUGUGAGCUCAUAAAUAAAACUGCUAAUUUGAGGAGCCAAUUCAAGAUCGAAGCUAAUCCUAUGCAAUUGAGACCUCUUGAUCUCAAAUAUUGCAAUUUCAUUGUUUCUAAUUCCAAACUUAUAGAUUUUAGAUUCCAAUUUGAUAGAGUCAAAUCCUUCUUCUCCAAAGAGUCAAAUCCUUCUUCUCCAAAGAAGUGGAAUUUUUCAGAGUCUUGAGAAGUGAUCGUUGAAGCUGACUGGAUAAUAUCUAUAUGUGAGAUAAUAUCAUUAAUCAAAGUGAUUUCAUUAUCUAUUGUGGCUCUUGCAGCUAAGAGUUGAGGCGUAGCGUGGGCCUCGUGGGUUUUUUCCUUGUCACUCCGAAAUAAAUCAACCAUCUCUGUUAGCGGUAGAAGCCUUAUCAGCCCAUGUGAGCGAUUUGGAAGUAUUAGUCUGGGUCUGACUCGCAGGUUGACCCCCGAGACUGGCUUCCUUUGUAAGUGUCCCUACCGAAGGAGCCCUAUCAGCUUCUCCAUUUCCGGCGCCGGCGGCACAGGUGAGAUAGUCGGCGAGGCAGAGCCAGACUUCUAGAGCGACGAGAAUCGUCUCUGUGAUUUCGCAUGCUUUGUGACAGGGACGACGAGCAUAGCAGUGCGUAGGAGGCCUUAUUUCCCCUGUUACAGCUCCUGUUCCCAUUGUGAUGCCAAUAACGAGGAUAGUUUCUAGGAAGGUGCUCUUCAGUGUAGAGCCUAUGUUCGUAGUUGAAAGGAUUUGGAAUCCGGCGGUGAUGUUGCCGGAAUUCCAUUUCAGCAAAUCAAUAUCCUGGAAUUCUAGAGAGAUGGAGGAGAUUCUCUCUCUUCAUCCUCCCUUGUUAACUUGCUUUAAUUUUUUUUUCAAUUGUUAUGCAAAUGUACAAUCUAAAAUAUUUUUGUUAAUGUUCGAGUUUGUUUUUUCUUCUUUUGCCAAUCAAACUUCUAAUUUAAGUUUUUCUAAUUUUUGCAUUAUAAAACAUUUAUGGUAUUAAUGAGUUGUUCUUCUA